AUGGAGGGUUCGAGCUUGUUCUUGCUUCAGACGAACCCGAAUCACCCCGUGGUGGGCGUGUCUCCCUCGGUCAUCAAUGCCUCACAGAUCCUCGUCACCAUUCAGAACUCCGGGGUGCAGCUGCAUGAGGCCUUCGAUCAAAAGGUGAUUUACAGCUGGCCCCAGAAGACCGGCAGCCGAUGGACUUUGCCGGCGAUGGAGAUUCAUCAGGCCACCAAAGCCCCCGAGCCGCGCUACAUGGGGGUCAUGGACCACAACUUCGUCUGCACCUGGACGCAGCGCGAUCCCUCCAUCGAUACCCACAAGAAAGGCUUCAAGAGCAAGGUGGUCGCCGUAUUGACCGAUAAGAUGAUCCACGAGGCCGUCAUCUUGGUCCACGAGGACGGUGCCCUGCGCCUCUGCAGCCACGAUCUCGAGAAGAUCUCACCCACGCUGCUUCCCCCCGGGGCCAAGGCGCCCAGCGCCAAGGUGGUGUGGACCCGCGCCUUCGGCCUGCAGCAGAGCGGCGUCACCUUCGUCCUCGUUCUCGUCGCAGCGCCCGCCCAGGCCGCCGAGCUGACCUACGUGCUUCACGUCUACACGCUCAACCCGCCGCCCACGCAUCCCUCGCAAAAGAAGAGGAAGAUGGCUGAGGACCAGAAGGGAGUGUCGGCUAUCGAGCAGGAGAUCACCUGGAACGUCUCGCACGAGAUCAAGCGGUUCGCCACCAACGCGAAGCCCGGCGUCGCGACGUGUUCGUUCGAUUUCGCCAACCUCACCAACUACAUCCUCUGGUCGGACGGCAACGCCGAGGUGUUCCGUUUCUCCAACCUGCACCACCUGCUGGGCAAGCAGGAGUACGACCAGCCGCCGUUCCUGCAGUCGUCGACCAAGCUCAACGCCUUCCAGAUCACCCAGCUGGGCCAGCAAAACAAGACCAAGCAGGUCGCCGGGCGGCUCGAUCGGGAGAUCACCGGCGUCGCCUCGGCCCCGUUCCAGUCCUUCGUCGCCCUCUCCGGCAAGCGCAAGGACACCGGCCAACCGUGGCUCACUCUGUGGGACCCCAUCCACGGCAACCUCCACGGAGCUCGCGAGGUCAACUUCGAGCAGUCGGAGGACAUCAUCAUCAACCCGGUCGCCCCCGACGAGCGCGUGGUGCAGCUCGCGGUCUCGACCGACGCGUCGUACGUGGUCGUGGCGCUCGAGAAUCACGUCGCGAUCUGCCCGCUCUACUGCCCGCAGCCGGCGCUCGGCAUGCUGCUCAACAAGAUGAAGUCCACGCUCUCCUUUGCCGAAGAGGACGCACUGCCUUCGUUCUCGUCGCCCAUUCUGCUGGACGUCGUCACGUCGCAGGUGAGCGCCAACGCGCAGCAGCCCGUUUCCGGCGCCAAGAGCGCCAAGCCGACCGACGAGGCGGCCGCGAGUGCGGGCAAGCAGGAGGACCUGAUCUUUGAGAUUAAGGAGGCGCUCGACGUCGAUCGCGAGAGCGAGGAGAUCGAGGAGAAGAAGAUCGAGCAGACGCGCGAGGUCUUCCUCGACGACGGCACGUGGGACAGCUUCAUUGACGAGAACGAGCGCGAGCGGGAGGCCAUCGCCGCGCUGCUCGCCGCGACCAACAAGAAGGACGGCUCGGUCAUCUUCCGCAAGUUCCUCGAGGAGCUGCCCGCCGUGCGAUUCCCGCAGCCGUCCCGCCGCCAGCGGAAGGGGAAGGCGGGGGUGGAGCAGCAGAAGAAGAAGAAGCGAAUGCCGAAGCGUUACAAGCUGCUGUCGCACCGCUUCGUCAGCCAGGUCGGGGAGAAGUGCCUUCGCUUGGGUAUGUGGGCCGAGCUGGAGCACCUGCUCAAGCUGGGCCAGCUCUCCACGCACGAACUCCCCGACCUGAUCCCCUCCCUCCUGGCCAACAACCAAUUCGGUACGCUGCGCACGUUGAUUCGUACGUCGAGCGAUCUGCCGACGGGAGCCGUGGUCUCGCUCCUCGACUACUUUACGCGACCGCGCGCCAACAACCAGCCGCUGGCCCAGUACCUCAUGAACGAGCUGGCCAGGCAGAAGAAGUCGGAGACUCCUGAGGUCUCGCCGCCGACGAUCACCGAACAGGAGGCCGUCGACGUCAUGAGCAAGCGGUUCCUAAACGUGCUGGUGGCGAGGAGGGAAAACUUUGCGUUCCUGCUGCAGUACAUGAAGUCAUUCCCCCUGGAACAGAUCACGUAUCUCCUCAACUACUUGACUGAGUGGCUCGAGGCGCACUGCGCCCACGAUUCUGCGGUGUGGAAGAAGCAAACGAACGUUGUCGCUAACUGGGCCGUCCCGCCCCUCCCAGUGGUGAUUGAGUGGCUGGGCUUGCUGUUGGACAGCCGCUUCUCGGAGCUGGUGCUGCUGGACGACAGCCACCCGAUCAUCCAGCGCGUGCGCAUCGCCCAGGAGCUGGGCCGCUUCGAGGCCUACCUGGGCGACUAUCGGAGGACCCUGCAGCGCUGGGCCCAGGUGCUCAAGAGCCAGUCUGCGUCGACCAUCAACAGUAAGCACGCCAAGACCGGCGACACCUACAUUGUCGAGGUCCUCUACAUCUGA